AUGGCCUGUUACUGUAAGCGACGAAAUCACAACUUUGACUCAAGACCGCGUAGAAGCGACCAACUGAUCGAUGGCCGCUCGCCGCUGGGCGUCUCACAAACAUCCAUCUGCCUCGUGCGAAGAAUAUCACUCUCAGCGCUUCAACACGUAUCUGUAAAUUUCUACCCGCGUGUGGAGGCGUCCGGGAUCGCCGUGAAUGCGAGAGAUGGUAUUCCUAUGAUUAGAUGCCUGUCGUAUGUGCUUCAGGGUGGACUUUGA